UGGUAACUAAUUCAAAAUGGCGACUAGAAGCGAAGGUUGUUUGAAGUUCUGUGCAGAACAACUUACGAAAUCUGAGAAAAAAGCCCUUCGCAAACAGAGGAGUAAGAUUCAUUCAUUGCAGAGAAGCAACACGGAGCUCGUAGUGUCAAAAAUACCUACAUCGCACUUGCUAGUUGGAAAUGGCGGGCUGAUGAAUGGGAUUAAUCGAUCACAGAUUGGUGGUUUGUUCAAGUCGUUCGGUACCGUGGAACGAGUCGUUAUGCUACCACAACGAUCUUAUUCUUUUGUCUCAUUCAAAAAUGUUGAAGAUGCAAGUAGAGCUAUGCAAACUGUCAAUGGUAGAAGGCUAGAUCCUAGCUUUGAAUUUAGUAAAGCAGGUGUGGUGCUGUAUUUGUCGUACCUGACCAACCUCCCUGACGACAUUGUUGUGGACCGACAGAAUCUUCCCCAAGGACUCGUCCUCGUGGAGGACUUUAUAAGUGAUGUAGAAGAAAAAAAACUGUUAACAACAUUAGGUUGGAAUGAUGGAGAAAGUAUUGAGAGCAAUUACAAUGAGCUUCCAGUAACUGUGGAAAAGCAGCUGAAGCACAGAAGAGUUAAGCAUUAUGGUUAUGAAUUUCUGUAUGGAACAAACACCAUUGAUGUAUCAAAACCACUUCCUGAGAAGAUCCCUGAAGUUUGUAGUGAAAUUCUGGACCGGAUAAUGUCAAGAGGAUACAUUAAAAAUAAACCAGAUCAACUUACAGUCAAUGAGUAUUACCCUGGACAAGGAAUUCCUCCUCAUUUUGACACACAUUCUGCUUUUGAGGAUGGUAUUGUAUCACUCAGCCUUGGUGCCAAGAUAAGCAUGGAAUUCCGUCAUCCUGAUGGUCAUCAUGUCUCAGUCAUGUUACCAAGGAGAAGCUUGCUAGUUAUGACACAAGAAAGUAGAUACCUCUGGACACAUGGAAUUACUCCACGAAAGUUUGAUAUUGUAAAUGAAGCUCAAAAUUUAGAGAGUUCCACUGAAGAUAAGGAUGACACUGCAUCAGGACUUACUCAGUAUGAAAGAGAGACACGGGUAUCCUUGACGUUUCGUAAAAUCCGGCACGAUCCAUGUAACUGUAAAUACCACAGACAGUGUGAUUCGCAAAAAGACAAGAAACAAUUCUCGGCCUCCGAAUCCAUGUAUUACAGUUUACCUAACACACAGCAAGAUGCUGAGAGUUUGGAAAAAUCGCACGUCCAUGAAGUAUACGAGAAUAUUGCCGAUCACUUCAGCGACACACGCCAUUCUCCUUGGCCAAAGAUUUCCAAGUUUUUGUUGGAACUUCCCAAGGGAAGUUUAGUCGCUGAUGUUGGAUGUGGAAACGGGAAAUAUCUUGGUAUAAAUCAUGAUAUCUUUAAGACUGGCUCAGACAGGAGCAGCAAUCUUGCAGCUAUUGCAAAAGAAAGAGGCCAUUCAGUAAUUGUAUGCGAUGUUUUGAAUCUUCCAUAUCGGUCUGGGGCGUUCGAUGCUUGUAUAUGCAUCGCAGUUCUUCAUCACUUAUCGACGUCCGAGCGCCGACUUGAGGGACUGAGGGAACUGGUGCGGAUCGUUGGACCAGGAGGACUGGUGCUUAUUUAUGUCUGGGCUUUAGAACAAAAUUUAGAGAAAGUUAAAAGGGAUAAUUUGAGGGAAGUUGAGUUUGAUAGGAAUACCAGAGAAUACCUUGAGACGAAAAAAUCCUCUCCUGAUGAAACAAUUACUUCUGCUUGUGAAAAAGAAGAUGAGAGCAGAGUUACAGGUGAUCACACGAAAAAAGUUAAAGUCAACAAAAAAAGGGAAGUAUUUGAACAACAAGACUUAUUUGUCCCUUGGAAAUUUAGAGGAAGAAAUCAAGGUAGCAGUGAGCAGCAGCAGAUGAAUGGUAAAUCAACGAGUAAAAGUCACGUGUUUCAUCGUUUCUAUCAUGUGUUCAAGGAAGGCGAGCUGUUGGGGUUGUGUUGUCAACUUGAAAAUGUCAUAAUUAAGGAUGUGUAUUAUGAUCGAGGCAAUUGGUGUGUUGUUUUACGAAAAGUAUAGCUGAAGUAUUUGGGCUUUAAAUCAUGCAAGUCUUCAGCUACAUAGGUAGGGAAUCUACAAAAUAUGACUCUACGACUGCAUGCAUCUGUCUAGCUCAGCAAGGAUAAGAACCAGUCUGAUGCCGACCAAAGGGGCACGUUACUUACACUGAGUCAUUUCAGCCAAAUCAAAAAACCACAUAUUAAUAAAGCUAUUGUCAGCGGUCUUA